UCUCUUAUCUCUGUCUCUCUCUCAAACUUGACCCAAGAAAGCUUUGAUGAUUGUUCUCUCUCCUCUCUUCAAAACCCACUCUCAAGAAAAGUUUUUCUUUAGUCUUGGUUCUUUUCUCUCUUAUCUCUAACUCUCUCUCAAACUUGACCCAAAAAAGCUUUGAUGAUUGUUCUCUCUUCUCUCUUCAAAACCCACUCUCAAGAAAAAGCUUUUCUUCAAUGUUGGUUCCCUGCAAAGAAGAAGCUGUGAUGAUUGCUCACUCACCAACACUAAACAUGACCCAGGUUUAUACAGAGGAUGUGAAUCAUCUCUCACCCAAUUUCCAUCAAAAGAAUUACAAUUCAUCAAAGACUCCACCAAAUUCUCACUCCCAUGUUUUGCAGACAAACCCAUAUCAGUCCCAUUACUCUGUUUCUUACCCUUCUCUGUGACUUUCACAUCUUUAUUCCCUGUAUAAUUUUUUCUAAUAGGGGAAGAUGUUAGCACUGAAUUUACAGUCCGAUUUUGGCUUCAAUUUUAUCAUGUAAAUCUUUACUCGAGUCUGAUUUUGAUUUUGGGUAGUGGAUGAUUGAACUGUGGUGUUUUGGGAUCUGGAAGUGUUGUUAGGUGGUGGAAGAGGAGCAAAAUUGGGGACUUGUUGGGAUGAGUUUGGAAAAAAGUAAGAGAAAAUUGAAGAGAUGUGAGGUCUAUAAGAUUCAUCCGUUCCUUUUUUUCAUCCUUGUCGUUCUCCACUUUCAUUCGAAGAAUAGAGGCAGCGAUUCAACUCUCCUUUGAAGACGACAGUGCUGGUCUACGAUCUUACUCUGGCCUCUGUUACCAGUUUCAAAGGAUAGCAGAAGAUAGCUCGAGUUGAAGCUCGAUUCAACUCUUUCCUUCUCUCGCCUCUGUUACCAGUUUCAGAAGAUAGCAGAACAGAGGGGGGAGAAAAGAGGGGAAAAAAAAUGUCAAAAAGACGUCGUUUGACAGCUCUAAGCCACGUAUAUUUCAAGCUACUUAACGGAAUCAUUAAAUCAUAUUAUCUCUUUAUUUUUUUGAUAUAUUUACUCAUAAAAAAAUCAAAAAAAUAUAAUUAUUUAAAUUAUCCCCGACACAAACUCGAGCUAUAUAUAUCCUUUUACAAAUUUCCACGCCUUGGUGAGAGAAGAAGAUAUUCCUACAAUUACUUUGUUACAGUUCUUCCAAUAAACAGUCCAAAGAAAACUACGGAGAUGGGGAGGAGGAUAUCGCUAGAGGAGGGUUUGGGUAUAUUAGAAGAGGGCAUUGUGAAGGCAAAGAUGAUUCUUGAUGGGUACCCCACUAAUGCACUCUUCACUGCUGCCGAAUAUAUGAAGUACUAUGACUGUGUUUAUUUCAUGUGUAUUCAGUAUCAUCCUUCUAAUUAUUCAGCACAUCUUUAUCAAAGAUUUGAAAGGGCUUUGAAAGAGAGCAUUUCUUCAAAGGUUUUGCCAUCCUUACAAGACAAAAAUGAUGCCUCUCUGUUGAUAGAACUUACCAAUAUGUGGGCAAAAUAUAAAGUGAUGGCUAAGUGUCUGGGAGGAUUCUUUCUAUACCUUGAUCGCCAUGAAAAAAUUGAUGCGUCACUUAAUGAUGCCUCUGUUCGUUGUUUCCAUGAUCUGGUUUUCAAUGCGCACUACCAUAAGUUUCAUGAUGCUGCAAUUUUGCUGAUCAAUCAGGACCGCUCCAAGAAUUCAAUUGAUAGGGACCUGCUAAAUAAUGCCAUGGCCUUUUUUGUUGAAAUUGGAGGAGGGAAAAACACAAACUAUUAUGACAAUUUGGAGAAGGCAAUACUUGCAGAUGCUGCAAAUUACUAUUCAAGAUUAGCUUCAGAGUGGCUUGCCCGCAAUUCAUCUGUUGACUACAUUAAGAAGGCUGAGUGGUGCUUAGAUAAUGAAUUACAAAGGGUGAGUCAAUAUUUACACCAGACAACAGUAAAGAAGCUACUGCAGUCCUUGCAGGUUGUGCAAUGGCACUUGAUGGAUCAAACUGCAAGCCAACUUAUUGAAAGGCAAAAGUUGGAGAACGUUGAUGCAACAACAUAUCAAGAGCUACUGUCCGGAUGUGCUAACAUGAACCUUGGAGAUGAAACAUCUGCAUCACCGUCGCAACAAUGUCCCAUGUCACAGUAAAUUACUUGUUAGGAAAAAAGACAACAAAGUACAUGAUCGCUGAAGAAACCUAUUCUUAGAGAUAGAGAUUUAGGGAUUUAGACACUUCGAUGGUUUCCCGAAGUAAAUUCAUAUGAUUGCCUUUUUGUUUACAGUGGAGUAGCCUCGGGGAGGACUAGUUAUUUUUGGAAGCUAUGUAGCAGAGAACAAGCCUACAAAUUCCCAGGGGUUACUAGACAAACAAAAAAACCAAAAAAAAGGUUGCAACUUUUGUAGUGAGCUUAGAAGAAAUUUAUUGUUCUUUUGGUGUUAAUAUUUUGUUUUGGGAAAACAUUUUGAAAUUAAUUCCUUUGACUACUGAUGUAGUAAUUGUGGUAAGAAAGGAAGCGGUGGUUUUGGGGAGUGGUAAUGGUGAUGUUGGUUUGUUGAGAAUUCAGAUUGAAAAUAUUAAGGCUUGCGGAAAGUUGGGUUUGAAUUUUCAAGUGGAUUACCUCAUGCUCAUUUCUAUAUAUGGAGUUCUCUCUCCUCUUUUGUAGCUCAGAAAAGCGAUUCCCCCUAAUAAUAAAGGGCACCUUGAUCUA